UCCCCAACCCAACCAUUUCAUAGAAAUAAACGCAAUUCUUAUACGUAUCCCAUUAUUCUUUUCUCUCUUUUCUUUCACUAACCACAUAAUUUUUUAAACCUCCGAACCCAAAGAACAAGUCUUUUCACUUUGUUGUUGUAUUAUUGGUAUUCGUUGUUUUUUUUCCUUCAGAGGGCCUUCUUUAUGAUCAGAAAAAGAAUAAAGUGAGAAGGGUAAAGCAAGAGAGAAGCAAAAGGCCAUUGCUUUUCUUUUCUUCUUCUCUCUCUUCCUUUCUGUUGUCUUUGGUGGAUUAGGUUCUUAAAAAAGGUAGACCCAGUUGCUCUUCUUUGUAGAUUUUUGUACCCUGACAGGUUUCUUUGUUUCUCUGUUCAUUUUUUGGGGGUCAAGAGAAAGAGUACGAUGUAUUAUCAGUUGUCCAAGUCUUCUUAUCAGGAUUCUUUGAAAAUACUGGAGGCUGAUAUACAGCAUGCCAAUGCUUUGGCUGCUGCAAUUCCAAGAGCCAAGAGUGGUGCACAUCUUCAAAUGAAGUUGGUGUGCAAUCGUUUGGCGCCCCUCUUUCUAUUUUUGCUACAAUGGAUGGAUUGUUCCUGCAUAUGUCUACUCCCUAGAUAUCUAAACCUCUUUCACAUUCUUGUAUACAAGGUAUAUACAGAUGGGAGAUCAAAGAUAUCUACACAUGGAAGGAAGGCAACAGUUAGAGAGUUUUAUGGUGUAAUAUUACCAUCUCUUCAAAGGCUCCAUGGUUACUUGGGGGAGUUGGAUGAUGAUAAGAAAGGGCGUUUUACCAUGGGGAGCUCUGGCAAGAAAAGAGUUGAAUUAGAUAACAGAAUUGGGAAUAUUGAUUUGGAGAGGGAAGAUGAAUGUGGGAUUUGCUUGGAGCCAUGCACCAAAAUGGUCUUACCCAAUUGUUGUCAUGCAAUGUGCAUCAAAUGCUACCGCAAUUGGAAUACAAAAUCAGAGUCCUGUCCUUUUUGCCGUGGUAGCUUGAAAAGAGUUAACUCUGAAGAUUUAUGGGUGCUUACUUGCAAUGAUGAUGUGGUCGACGAUAAAACAGUUUCCAAGGAGGACUUGUUGCGUUUCUACCUCUACAUCAACAGCCUUCCAAAAGAUUACCCGGAUGCACUUUUCUUGGUAUAUUACGAGUACCUAAUUUGAUUUCAAGUAGUUGAGAAAAUGGUGUACAGAUAGAAAAGGCCGACCAUCAAAUGUAAAUAGAGUUGGUAAGACAAUUCUCUCUGCUUCUUACUGAAAAGAAUCAGUGCCAUUUUAUGCUUUUCGGAAGUUAAAUGAACAUCAGUGUAACAAACCGUCGUUAAGUAUUAAUGGAAGUUGAAAUUUCUGAAA